AUGUUGGCACUCUCGGAUUACUUGACAUCGCAGUCGAAAAAGUACGAAACUCCAGUAGAAGAACCUACACCAGCUGCAUCUGAGGUAGGAGCUGUGGGAAUAACUCCACACAAAGUAAGCAGCGAAGUGAACGUGGAAGUUGAGAGAGAAGUUCCAUCGAAGGAAGUGAUCCCAGCAAAGGAUUUUGGGUCUAUGGAAAUGCCAAAGCAGCCAACAGUGAUUGAGAUGAGUGCCGAAAAGAGGGCAAUAGAAACUCUUCCUUUAAAAUGUAGCAGCGAGAAAAAACUGGUGGACACUUCACCUUUCAUAUCUCCUGCGAUUACACUCAGUGGAAUAGCGUCAACUACGCCUUCGCAAAGCGGUGGAACCGCCAUUGACAAGAUGCAAUCAUUACAGGGUGACCCUAAAAUAAACUCGGAUGAAGGCAGAUCUCGGGAGCAUAUGUUACCCCAGCCCGUAGAAACAACGGAAAAAGAAGGAUACAUUGAGGAGAAUGUGCCUGAAGAAUGGGAGGACGGAGAAGGUUUUGAGAUAGCGGAAAAACAAGAUGCACAAAGACUCUCUGAAGAAAGUGAUGGAUCUAGGGGAAAAUGA